GUCUAGCGGAGUGUAUACGUGUAGAAGUAGCAAUGUAAGCUGAAGGGAGAGCUGCUUCCCAAUAACUGGAGAUUGCUGUGGUGUAAUUGUAAUGUUGGUUUCCAGUCACUAGAGGGUGGUUAAGCCUGAGCUAUGUGAGCAGGAUUCAUCUGUGGAGAUACAGUACAUGACAGAAGUGAAGUGAAGAGAGAGAGCGGGAAAGAGGUGGAGUGGCGAGAGAGACAGAGACAGAGAAGUGACACAAAUCAAUGUGAGCACCCAAACCACCAUCACCAGCAGCAGCAGCAGCAGCAGCCUCCCCGACCUCCAUCACCUCUCUGCCUUUCCCUGGGAGAGACGGACAGAGACAGAGUCACAGGAAAGACAGUCUCCUCAGCAACGCAGCAUCCGAAACAAGAGACUGGACCAGAGGAGAAGAGUGAGAACAUGAGACAACAGGGUUGGCCGUCACUCUGAUGGGUUUCCACUUCACAGCAGAGCCACCUCUCCAGGACUUCUUGAGUGAGAGGACUCAGCGGACAGAGGAGCUGAUUACUUCAGGACAUUUUUCUCUUCAGGUUCCAUCUUAUAACUGUCUGGCUCUGUGUUUGUGUGUCAGAGAGACUGCUUGGGAGCCACGGAGCUUCGGGAAGUUGAGGGCUAUGAAAAGUGCGGAGCCUGAAGACAGGAUGUCUUCCAAGCGACCAGCCUCUCCAUAUGGGGGGACAGAUGGAGAGGUAACCAUGGCAACCAGCAGACAGCGAGUGGAGGAUGAGGAGAGCGAGGGACUGGGCGGUGUCAUCCACCUCCCCCUGGCCUCCUACUGCGGCAAGGUGUCCCCUCGCUCGCCCCCCAACCGCAACUUGGACAGCCCCCCCAGCACGGACCAGGACGGCACUAAGGGGAGCUCUCUGAGUCCUUACCCCCAGCACAAUUCUACCUCACCGGGCAAAGAGGAGGGCGGAGGCGGGGGACGGCCCUGCAGCGACGGGGGCUCGGCCACGGGCACCCUGGGGACCCCCGAGAGACGCAAGGGCAGCCUGGCAGAUGUGGUGGACACACUGAAACAACGCAAGAUGGAGGAGCUGAUCAAGAACGAGCCAGAAGAGGCCCCCAGCAUUGAGAGGCUGUUGUCGAAGGACUGGAAGGAUAAACUUUUGGCCAUGGGCUCAGGGCACAUUGGAGAAAUUAAAGGUACCCCAGACAGCCUGGCGGAGAAAGAGCGCCAGCUCAUGGGCAUGAUUGGUCAGUUGAGCAGCCUGAGGGAGCAGCUCCUGGCGGCCCACGAGGAGCAGAAGAAGCUGGCUGCCUCACAGAUGGAGAAGCAGAGGCAACAGAUGGAGCUGGCCAAGCAGCAGCAGGACCAGAUUGCCCGGCAACAGCAGCAGCUUCUGCAGCAGCAACACAAAAUCAACCUCCUGCAGCAACAAAUUCAGCAGGUCCAGGGCCAACUCCCUCCGCUGAUGAUUCCUGUCUUUCCUCCGGACCAGAGGACUCUGGCGGCGGCUGCAGCCCAACAAGGCUUCCUCAUGCCCCCUGGCUUCAACUACAAGCCCGGCUGCAGUGACCCCUACCCUCUCCAGCUCAUCCCCACGACAAUGGCUGCUGCUGCUGCCGCCACACCAGGCCUGGGACCCCUACAGCUCCAGCAGUUGUAUGCAGCUCAGCUGGCGGCCAUGCAGGUUUCCCCGGGGGCCAAGCAGCACGGAGGCAGCCUGCAGCCCCAAGCCAACCUGGGCACACACUCGCCACCCACCAACACACACUCACAGAGUGACAAGGGCCGCAGCUCCCCACCACCAAACAAGACCAAGGACAGUGAGGGUGCACAGCCACUGAACCUGUCGGCCAAGCCUAAGGCAUCCGAGAGCAAGUCACCCAACUCCCCCCCAACUUCCCCACAGGUCCCUGCUGCUGCUGCCGCCAAGCUGGGCCCCGCAGGCUCCAUGAAGCAUAGUGUCGCCCCCUCCAGCAUCGGAGGACCACCAACCAGAGUCAGCUCAAUAGCAGACUUGUUGUCGUCGCUGUCCUCGACAGCCUACCUGAACGACCACGAGGCCGUGACCAAGGCCUUUGCCGAGGCCCGGCAGAUGAAGGAGCAGCUGAAGAGAGAGCAGCAGGUCCUGGACGCCAAGGUGGCCGCCGUCAGCAACCUCAGCCUCAACAACGGACGCACGGACAAGGACAAGGCUGCCUUGGAGAGUCUGAGUCAACAGCUGAAGCAGCAGGCAGAGGACAAGUUCAGCCACGCCAUGCUGGACUUCACCAUGAGUGGAGACUCUGACGGCUCCCCCAGCGUGUCGGACUCCAGGAUAUUUCGGGAGUCUCGGGGUCGUGGCAGCAACGAGCCGCACAUCAAACGGCCGAUGAACGCCUUCAUGGUCUGGGCCAAGGAUGAGAGGAGGAAGAUUCUGCAGGCUUUCCCCGAUAUGCACAACUCCAACAUCAGCAAGAUCCUCGGCUCACGCUGGAAAGCCAUGACCAACCUGGAGAAGCAGCCCUACUAUGAGGAGCAGGCUCGCCUCAGCAAGCAGCACCUGGAAAAAUACCCAGACUACAAGUACAAGCCGCGGCCCAAACGCACCUGCCUGGUGGACGGCAAGAAGCUGCGUAUUGGCGAGUACAAAGCCAUCAUGAGGUCCCGCAGACAGGAAAUGAGACAAUACUUCAGUGUAGGGCAGCAGGGCCAGCUUCCCCUGUCCUCAGCAGGUGUGGUCUACCCAGGUGCCCUGUCCAUGGCAGGAAUGCCCUCCCCCCAAAUGCCCUCAGAGCAUUCAAGCAUGUCCAGCAGCCCUGAACCCAACGCCAAUCACCACCAUAACGCCCACAUGCCCGGUCUGAAGGGGGACGAGCCACGCAUCAAGGAGGAGGAGCAACGGCUGGACGACAGCAACGGUGAUGUGUAUGACGACUUUGACUACGAAGACGAAGAGGCAGAUUACGCCAGCGAUAACGAGAACCAUAUUACCCAAUAGGACGGCGUGAGAGCUGCCUACUUUUAAGCCAAUCACAGCUGGUUAACCGCCCCAAAAUCCCAAACUGACCAAUCAGGAAAAAAAGAAGACUUUCUCUUUUGCCAAUCACCUUGAGCCCCAAUCUCACAAGCCCGCCACCUUUUCCCCUUCCUGACUAACAUGGACUCUUUUAACAGAGCCACCCCCCCCCCCCCCCCAACCUGGAGUCCUGAUACCAGCAUCUGAUCAAUCAACUGAAGCACAGGACCUGUCACUCACACUGACUGUUACACAAACUGGAGUCUGGGAGGAAGAGACGACCAGAGACGACUCUGAAGCUUGCUGAGGAAUAUUCAAGUACUACUGCAAGAGUUUGAGUAAUGCCACGAGUGAGGAGAAGUAAAAGUCACACUCAGAAAGCAACCUUUUAGACCCGUUUGUAGAAAAAGAAGACAUUUUAAAAUGAAAGACGGAACAGUGGACCUGUCAAAGGCUAACAGAUGACACUUUAAGAUGGCGGACCUGCUUUAUUAUCAAGAGACACUUUUAAAAAAAAAAAACAGCUUUUUUUUCUUUGGUUCUAUAAUAUUCUCACUCAGGUACACGGUGCCAAUAAGUGGCUUGUGAAUGUGAUUUGUUGUUUUUGUGCUACAAGUUUGAAUAAUAAUAGAAAAAAGAGACAUUUCUUUUUCCCCUUUUGUUGUAAAGCACCUGAAAGACAUCAGACAUGUUUAUUUUUAACAAAAAGAAUAUCUUUUCUUCAACCUUGCAGUGUGCUGUCAGCAGUUCCCCCCUUUUUUUCUCUGUGUUUUUGUGACUGCCCGCUCUCCCUCGUUUGGAAUCCAAUGGGAUGGUCCAGCCAGGACUGAGCAGUACAGCGUGGACUGUCCCACUUUGACUGGAUUUUCAGGGGGGAGAAGGGGAGUCUCUCUGGCGUCACGGAGCAGAAACGAAAGCACUGUGUUGUGAGACAAUCCACCGGUUUUCCUCUCGCUCCGUCCCCUCUAUCUUGAUCUCGUCUGGGGCAGAACAUCACUUAGCUCGAAAUAUCAGACAGUGUGAGUGUGUGUCGGUGUGUGUUCUGUGUACUCAUUCACUGGCCGUUUGCACGUGUGUGCCCUUCUUCUUUUUUUUUUUUUAAGUGCGAAAAAGAAGCUAAAAAUGUCCAGGAUACGGAAAAGACAGGCAACUCGUGCUGCUGCUGUUAUUUACUGUACCACACACUCAUACACACACUCACACACACAUGUACAAUUGUUGUUCUGUCCCUCAGUGUUUUCCUGCUCCCUCCAAUCAGCGUCGUCCUGCUGUCCUUAGCAGGCAAAGCCGAGGUGAAGUCAGCCUGUCAGUGUUUCUGUUUCAAUUUGAAUACUGUAUUUUAUUAUUUCUCUUCAAACUGCCUCUAGUCUAAUAAUAUUAUUAACAAUAAUUAUAAGGAUGGUCAGCGUUUCCUAAGUUUAGUAAGUUAUGUACAGUAUAAUUUAUUUUUCUCCUCUUUAUCGGGUUUUCAUGACCAUAUGAAACUAUGACAGUCAAUGAAACAUUAUUCUAUUUAGCUGUAGGUAUUUAGAUCUAAACAAAAGUUGUCAUUUUACCUUUAUUUGUUUCACAUUCUUUGUUCCCUUCUUUUUUGAUGCGUUCAUUUUUUAUUAAUCCUCCGGACGGGUGGGCGGGCGGAGUUAGGAUGGUGAGCUGGACUGACAGACUUGACGCCAGCCCUCCUCCGAGCUGAAGACGUAACCUUCUCAUGUCCACACCCAUUUCUAAAAAGCACUCAGACUCUGUGCAGUCAGAGAAAAAAGAAGAACAUUUUUUUAUUGUUAUUAUAAUUUUAUUUGUAAUGGUUAUUAUAAUGUAUAAUGUGAAGUUUCCUCUGUUUUAUUUUGCCUUUUUUUCCUCUCUUUUUUUUUGUUUUUGUUUUUGUUUUGGGAAAUCAGUUUUAUCACUUUUUGGAAACUGUUUUCUGUGAACAAAGAGUCCCGUCCCCGUUUACUAGUUUGGCCACCUCACUGAGACACAGUGGAACAUCACUGGCUUGGAUCCACACACACAUACACACACAUACAUGCACACAAACACGAUCAUUAACACACAUUUCAAACGAAGAGAUUAUCAUGACAACCAAACGAAUCCUAUGCUGUCCUUUUUCUUUUUUGAAAUCCAGUAUUCUAGAUUUAAAAUCCUGUACAUAUAUUUUGUUUUUGUGAUAGCAGUAAUUUUUUUAAAUCAUAGGAAAGCAGUGUUUACCAUGGUCCGCCAGGGGUGUUCCACUGCGUGGGUGUGUGUGUGUGUGUGUGUGUGUGUGUGUGUGUGUGUGUGUGUGUGUGUGUGUGUGUGUGUGUGUGUGUGAGGCGACCAGGCAUAUCUACAGUAUCUUUAAAGUCACUUCUCAUCAGGAGCCCUUUGCUUUGUUUUAGCUCCACGCGAUGCUACAGGAGCCAUGACUACUAUUCAGGUGUGCUGUCACGUAGUGAUCCCCACAAUCAUUCUCGCUAUAGAUGUUCGCUACAUGCCACAAAUUGAGCCUCUGGGUCUUAAUUUUGCUGUAUAGUCACCCCUGCUAUCACACCAUGGUUCAACCCGAUGCUGGAGAGAGGGGGGUAAGUGGAUCGAUCCAUUCUUUGGUUUUCAGGAGGGUGGGGAGGGGGGGCAUUAAGACGUCAAUCAUCCCUGCUGGCAAGGUCUGUCCCCAUAUCAAGACAAUGAAAAUGAUGAUGAUGAUGAUGAUAAUAUUAUUUAAGACAAUCAAAGUCACGAGUGGAGCUCAAAACAAAGUAAGAAUUAUUACAAGUAAAAAAAAAAUAUCUUACCAUCUCAACUUGAAAAAUCAAGAAAGAUAAUUAUGUAAAUAUAACAUAGAGUUAUAGAUUUAUAUUUUGUUCAUAACACAGUGUAAUAUAAGUUGUAUAUUUCUUUUUUCUCUCCCUACCGUCUCUUUUAUUGAUGUUAUCCAUGCCACAGAAAAGCAGGAGUUGCAGUACUCUCACAAAAAAAAUGAAGAAAAAUAUCAAAGAAAUAAAGAAAAACAGGAAAAAAAAAAAAGCCGUGGGCUGCCACCACCAUCUGUUCUAAGUUCACUUUUUUUCAGUAUUACUGCCAGACAAGGCUCUAAUAAAGACAGCAAUGUGUUCGGU